AUGCAGGUCAAAAUAGUGUCACUUCGCAAGGGUGCAGUUCGUCGCAUGCAGGUGUACUUAACACUGCUUGGUGACAUAGUGGCGAGGAAUGUGGUGCCAGUAAACGGGAAAACGGGAAAUGAAAACAUUGACGACAGUAGGGCGAGAGAAAGCGAGCAACACCUGACCUUUGCAUGGCCAUUGAGUGUUGUAAACUCCAGGAACAAAAGAAACGUGUGCAAUGGGAAAGAGGUGAACGCCGAUAGGGCGCCAAGCGACGAUAUGAAAGGACUCAGCAGCUGCGAAGCCAAUGUAAACACAGGCGCCGCGGUGGCGAGUGACAGAGCAGCCGCUUUUGUCACAGAUGUGGCAAAUAUGGCGAUCCGAUGGGGUCAUAAAGAAAGUUAA